AUGCAAACUUUAGCUAGUACAAGAGUGCUCAGACCUUAUGCCGCACCGGCAAGGGCAAGCGGGGCAAGGGAGCUGGAGGGGCUGGUGGAGGUAGUGGAGGUGGUGGUGGAGGCAGCGGAGGGGGUGGGGGUGGUGUUGGGAGAUGAGGCGGGGGUGGCGGCGGCGGCGGUAGCAGUGGAGGCUGAGGAGGCACCGGAGGUGGCGGAGGGAGCGGAGGCGGCGGAGGUGGCGGAGGAGGCGGAGGUGGAGGAGGCGGCGGAGGCAGCGGCGACAGCAGAGGACCUGGUCGUGGCUCUGCACAGAGGAGUGGCUUCGGUGGUGGUUCGCACCUGCAGCAGCAGACAGCCGUGA